AUGCUGGAUCCAGGCCAAAGGAAACUCUACUGGGAAGUGAUGAAGGAAAAUUAUGACACAGUGGCCUCUCUGAUUAAAGAAAUGAGGGAGAUGGUGCGUGAGACAGAAUCCGGAAGGAUAGUUGUGGGAAAAGACAGCGAACAUCAGGUGGAAACAAAAUCUGGGGAUCAAGCGGUUCCAAAGCAAGAGAUUCAUACAAGGGAGAAACCAUAUAAAUGCUUAGAGUGCGGAAAGUGCUUUUCUCAAAACAGUGGCCUAUUUAGACACCAGAAGGUUCACACGGGGGAAAAGCCAUAUAAAUGCUUGGAGUGUGGAAAGUGCUUUUCUCAAAACGGUGACCUAUUUAGACACCAGAAGGUUCACACGGGGGAAAAGCCAUAUAAAUGCUUUGAGUGUGGAAAGUGCUUCUCUCAGAAGGGCCAGCUAACUACACAUGAAAGGAGUCAUACAGGGGAGAAGCCAUAUAAAUGCUUGGCAUGUGGAAAGUUCUUCUCCCACAGUGGCGGCCUUGCUACACAUCAAAAGAUUCACACAGGGGAGAAGCCAUAUAAAUGCUUGGAAUGUGGAAAGUGUUUCUCUCGGAAUGGCAGUCUAACUACUCAUCAAAAGACUCACACAGGGGAGAAGCCAUAUAAAUGCUUUGAGUGUGGAAAGUGCUUCUCUCAGAAGGGCCAGCUAACUACACAUGAAAGGAGUCAUACAGAGGAGAAGCCAUAUAAAUGCUUGAAGUGUGGAAAGUGCUUCUCUCAGAAUGCUGGCCUACUUAGACACCAGAAGGUUCACACAGGGGAGAAGGCAUAUAAAUGCUUGGAAUGUGGAAAGUGCUUCUCUCGGAAUGACCGCCUAACUACUCAUCAAAAGAUUCACACAGGGGAGAAGCCAUAUAAAUGCUUGGAGUGUGGAAGGUGCUUCUCUCAGAAUAGUACUCUAAGUGAACAUCAAAGGGUUCACACAGGGCAGAAGCCGUAUAAAUGCCUGGAGUGUGGAAAGUGUUUCUCUCACAAUGGCAAUCUAACUACACACGAAAGGAGUCAUACAGGGGAGAAGCCAUAUAAAUGCUGUGAGUGUGGAAAGUACUUCUCUCAGAAGAGCCACCUAACUACGCAUGAAAGGAGUCAUACAGGGGAAAAGCCAUAUAAAUGCUUGGAGUGUGGAAAGUGCUUCUCUCGGAAUGGUUACCUACUUAAUCACCAGAAGAUUCACACGGGAAAAGCCAUAUAA